GGCCACCUACUUUCCACUGGAUCUGCCGACAUGGAGGAGGCUGAGAUGAACGCGCGCGCCAAUCGCGCCGUCGUUGUCGAACGUGUUGUCGAACUCGACGAUGACGGUGACGAAGAUCAAGAGCCACCUUCAUACUUUGAGUGGCGCCGUCGCGGUGGAAGACAGUAAAAUCCUCGUCUCCCACACGCACAGGUCACAAUGGAAUGCAAGCACGAACAAGAUGGACAAGGUCACGCGACGGUUCCCAAUAACAACUUUAAUAUACGCUAUUGGAGCUGACAUUACCGCGGCUGCUGGCACCAGACUUGCCCUCCGAUUGUUCCUCGUCAAGGGAUUUGAAUCGAAGACAUGGCAUGAUACAGCGCCAGAACGAAUAUAGGGUGCACAUAUCCAGGGCCGAGCAGCUCAGCACUACCGAAGUCCCGCAAAC